CUGUCGAGCUUGAAUGACUUUACACUUCAACCUAACAAAAACCCUCCCACCAACACUGUUCGUCUUCCAUCUACGACACUUCACAGUUCUUCUGUGUCUUACGCCUUCGGCCCCUACGUGUUACAUAGUCGGGGUCUCUGGUAUUUCCUCCAAGCUUCUGGAAUAGUUACGAUCGGUGCAGCGAUCAUGAACAUUUUGCUGCAGCAACAUCCGACUUUCUUUCCCCAUCACCACAACUCCCCGAGACGAUCUCCGUCAAUAUCACCCACCCACCUCUCUCCCAGAAUGUCCGCCCGCAAGCGAAAAGCCGACGAUGAACUAGAUCCUCGAUCUCUCGACGAAGACAUGUCUGUCUCUCCUCUUACGUCUCCCGCUAUAUCAUCCCGCCACAUCGCUCGCCCAUCGAAGAAGAUCAGAAACAACGAAGUCAUAGGCCGGCCGCUCGAACUGCCUCGCCUCCUCGAAACCCUCGAUGCGGACUCGCUGAGGAACGUCCUGCAAACAAUAUGCGAACGCCACCCUGAAAUCGGACAGGAGGUCGUUACAUCAGCACCACGCCCAUCUGUUGCAUCUACUAUUGGCGUCCUUGAGCAAUACCAGGAGCGUUUACGGCAGGCCUUUCCGUUCGGUGGCAAUACCGGAAGCGAUUACGCAUAUAAUCGCGUUCGAAUCCAACUUACCCAACUGAUUGACGCCAUCAGCGAUUUUGUCCCUCACUACCUUCCUCCACAUGAAACACAAGUUACUACGUCUCUGGACUUUCUCGACAGCGUCACUAACAUCGUUCACCAACUACCCGACUGGGAAAGCUCGAGCCACAACCACCACAAAGAUAAUGCAUACGACGAGAUCUCACGAGCCUGGGCACGGGUCAUAAGCGAAGCAAGCAAGCGCGGAGGAGGAAUCCAACUACACAACGGAGGGUGGGAUCAGAAACUUCAGAAACACAAUGCCAUGAGUGGCGGGCAGAUGCAGGCAGCUGUCAACGCACUGGGAUCAAACUUAUACUGUGGCGGAGCGAACGGAUCCUCGAACUCGAACAUGAACUCAAACAAUGAUCCCAAUUCUAUCCGAAACCAGCUCUUCUCAGGCACAUAUGGCACCAACCUUCCGGUGCGUGUGGGACCUUGGUAAACCAAUAAACUGGCACGCGGCUCACAUCUCACCAGAGACUAAGGUAGACACGGCACGAGGGGAAUCCGGUUUAUAUACCUACAAUAUGGCGCGAAGGGAAAUAGGGAGGAGCAACAAGGCUCUGUGCAUGCGUUUUUGCGCCGGGACUUUGAUUACGGGGUGGUGUUUUUAUUAAUUUGAUGCUGAGGCAUCUCACGACGUUAACGUUACGAAUUCAUUUGAGAGAGAGAGAGAGAGCAACCGAGUGGGGAAUUUUUCUGCAUUUUCAGGUACGGUGAUUGAUUUCCAGUACUUGGUCACGGGCGUUCAACUAUCGUCGUCGGCGUUUUCGCGGUUGUGGGCUACGUUGUGGUAGGGCGCCGUUUGCUAUUGGAGUAAUCACAUGCGCUGGGUUGGGGUCGGUUGGCGCUAUGAUUGAUGGGAGGGCAAGGGAUGCUAUACGCUACGGGUGAAGGUUCCAGAGUUGGAGUUCGUCCCAUAUGGACGACUCGCUCAUUAUGGCGAGAAUAGAAGACAUAUUACAGGAAGAUGUGAUAAUGGUUUUCCUGCGAUGCGAUCCUCCCGUGUGAUGAACCAGCCUAUUACUAUGUCAGAAAACCCAUGACACCAAUUGUCUCACCGCCUUUUGCCACCCACGAUGACAUAUGAUAUGGGAAGCCAUCUACGGAUAUAGACCACCUACCAAUAUAGAUUUCAUUGGUUUUAAAGAGCUAUGGAUAUUUCGCCCUUCCGUAGUGGCUCUAGGGUUAAAGAAUCGACAACAUUGCAUUAUCGUGCGUCGUGCUGGGUCGUGUCACCUGCCGAGGUGGCAAGGCUGACGAGGCUGACGCGGUCGACAACAGGAGGGGUCGAUAUUGGUCGUGUGUAUAUUUGGGCAGUACAGUCAGAUGGGCUGAAGAAGUGUUUUUGGCUGCUCAGGACAAUGAGAAUGAUGAUAGUAUCUAUACUCGUACUAGAUAACAAAGAAUAAAUUAAG